AGGAGAACCCAAUCCUCGAUCGAACAUGGCGAUCAGCAAGAUCGUCGCAAGGCAUCACGCCCCGCCCGGCCGUGCUGCAUUUUCACAGCUCGCUUGCAACGUCACUUCCAGGCGUUCGCUCGCAACCAUCUCUAAUGUCGCCAACCCUUCCGGGAAGGUCACCUUCCUCGAGGACCACCCGGCUGAGACACACGACCAGCUGCCUACGUUUACCCUGUCGCGCGCCCAUGGCUUCCUCCCGCGCCGCGACCCACUGCCUGUGUUACCGGAGCGCUUCGGCGCGCUCGACAGCCUGCUCCAGCGCAUGACCAUCAUCCAGCCCGGCGACCGCGACGGUGACAAGCCGAGCGGCCUGCUCGCUACGGGCGACUUUGGCCCCGCCGUCCACGCCGAGCUCGUUCACGGCGCACACGGCGAGCGCCUGAUCAAGCAUGUGCGUGAAGUGAUCGCCUCGCCCAAGGACGCGCCGGGCCGCAUGCCCCUGCUCUCGGCACUCUUCCGCGACAUGUGCUUCCUGACGAGCGCGUACCUGCUCGAACCUGUCGAUCAGUCCUUCCGCGCGACUGGCCUUUACGCGCCCGGCAGGUCCGUCCUGCCACGCGCCAUCGCCGUACCGAUGUGCGAGCUCGCCGACGAGCUCGGUCACUUCCCGUACAUGGAGUACAGCUCGAGCUACGCGCUGAGCAACUACAGGCUCAAUGACCCCUCCUUGCCCACCCCCGCCGAAAUCGCGGCCAAGCAAAGUAGGCAAGCGGGCGCCAACGGCGCUUUCGGCGACGAGUUGGCCAUCAAGACAGGCCCCGGACGUUACUCGUUCGAAAACCUCGAGCUCAUCCGUGCGUUCGAGAAUGCCCAGGGAAGCGAGAAGGGCUUCAUCAUUGUCCACUGUGAGAUGCUCGCCUACUCGGGCCGCCUCGUCAAUGCGACGGAGGGCAUGUUGCUCGCCGUCGCGGAGCAAGACGUCGGCACAGCGGAGAGCGCAAUGAUGCGUCUGCUCUCAACGUUCGAGGAGGUGCAGGAGAGCAUGGAGAGCAUGUGGAGCCGCUCCCUCCCGAGCGACUACCUCAAGUUCCGCUCGUUUAUCUACGGCACGCUUGGUAGGCCCAGCCAGAAGCACAACGCCAUGUUCCCCGAUGGUGUCACGUACGAAGGCAUCGGCCCACGCGGAGAGAGCAAGCAGAUGGAAUUCCGUGGCGAGAGUGGCGCCAACGACUCAAUCAUCCCAAUGGCGGACAACUUGCUCGAAAUCACCAAGGAGCUCCCGGACAAUGAGCUGACCAGGACACUUCGCGACUUUAGAACCUACAGACCUAAGACUCAGCGCGAGUACCUCGAACACCUUGAAUCGCGAGCAUCGAUGCUGGGCGUGCGCGCGUUCUGCAUGUCGACGUCUGCGUCGCCGCUGCUCAAGGCGCUGUACAUCCUGAUGGUCGACCAGGUGCGGGAGUUCCGGAACCGGCACUGGCUUUUCACGCGCAACUAUAUCAUCAAGCAGACUGACUUCAGCCUCGCGACGGGCGGGAGCAACAUCAUCCGCUACCUGCCGAACAACCUCGCGACCGUACUGCGCGUGCUGGAGGACAGCUGCGCCGAGUGGGGUGCCGCCGACGAGCAGGCGCUGCGCACGCAUGCGCGCCUCACUAGCAGCGCCACGGGAGCGCAGCGCGCUGAGGUGCUCGUAAACAAGGUGCGCGAGGCGGGCAAGCGCGCUGAGGCGCAGAGGCGCAUGCUCGAGCGCGAAGUCGCCCUGCUCAUGCAGGAGAAGGCCGCCAAGAACCCCGGUAUCGAUGAGAGCAUGCGCGGCAUGGUCAUGCCGCCUCCUACUCCCAAGCAGGCUGUCAACAGUGUGGAUGCUGGCCAGCAGCGCGCAUACAGCACCUCCGUGGGCAACAAGGACCAGAACCAGGAAGAAAAGAGGAGCAUGAAGCGCGGCAUGGUUGGUUGCGACGGCGUUGGAUAAGCAACACCGUGCCCCUGGCCGCUGGUCCUCCGGUCCGUGAUUCGCCUGUUUGCGUUUCGGACCGCCGCUCCCCCUUGUUCAGUUCUUGGCAGUCAGCAUUUCUUCUUAUCGUUGCUGGCCGCCAUCUUAACCCAUUCCCC